AGCGGCGAGGCCCUGGGCACCGUUCCGGAGCACGAGCGGAUCUUGCAGGAGAUCGAGAGCACUGACACCGCCUGCGUGGGGCCCACUCUCCGACGGACUGCGGCAGAUGGUGGCCCGUACGGGGAGCCCCGGGACACUCUGGGGUAAGUGACGAAAAAAAAGCUGCCCGUCCAUAGAUAGGACGGGAGCAAAUCUGCUCGUCCCUAGGCAGAUAGGGCGAGAGGAAAAAUGGCCAUUUUAAGAAGAUGGAGAAGAUUGAUACAGUAUGUUUGUGUCUUGUUUUGUCUUGAAAUGUUGUAUUGUCUUUGUGAUGAAAAUAUGGAAGGGGUGAGAAGUAAAUUACUAAGGGAAGAAGGCACCCCACUGGAACCAAGAGUAGUUAGGGCAUAUGUUGAUAAAAGCCCAGGAACUCUAGUCAGAAAGAAAAAGAAAGUUCAGAAGAAGAAGGAUUAUCAGAAAAAAAGUUGCAGCAAAAGGCUAUUACUAAAUACUUUUCGUUACCGGAGGGUGCGUGAAGCGGAGAGGCGGCUGCCGAGUGUGCAAGCCGGUCACAGUGCAGCAAGGAUUUUCCAAGAGGCGGCGGCGACUGGCCCUUCCCCGCCUCCUGGCCGGGGAGCUGGCUCUUCCACUGCUGAGAGCCCAAAUCUAGACCUGACCUGGAGGCACAGUCUUGCAAGCUCUUGCUCCCUGUGCCCAGUAGCAGUUUGAGUCCGGGAUACUCCCCAGGGCCAUCUGGGGCUGCCCAGGCACUACAGCCAGCAGAAGACGCUACUGGUGUCCCUGAUGUUUGGUCAUUUUCAAUGCCAAUAACUAAGCUACAGUGGUUCUCCCACACCUGGAAGCUGAUGAGUAAUGAGCACUAUUAAUGCUUAUUUCAAAUACAAAAAAACCUUGAGAUAAUGUACUAAAUUGUUCAGAAGGUUGUUUUCUUAGUGGAAUGCUACAGGAUUUUCUUUAGCCAUCCGGAGUUCCUGCCUUCGUCCCAGUGCUGGUGAAAACAAAGGUGAAAAAAUUUCCAGUGUUGCUGAGAACCGGACAAGACUUUGGCUGAAAAACGGAUGAGACUUCAGAUCAAACUAGCUGCCUACAGAACUUACCUGGACUGUGAUUUACCUGGACUGUCAGUGUAUGAUGAUCAACCAAAUUCACACAAGAAGUUUAUGGAAAAGUUAGAUGCUUGUAUCCGAAAUCAUGACAAGGAAAUUGAAAAAAUGUGUAAUUUUCAUCAUCAGGGUUUUGUAGAUGCUAUUACAGAACUCCUUAAAGUAAGGACUGAUGCAGAAAAACUGAAGGUACAAGUUACUGAUACCAAUCGAAGAUUUCAAGAUGCUGGAAAAGAGGUGAUAGUCCAAACAGAAGAUAUUAUUCGAUGUAGAAUUCAGCAGAGGAAUAUUACAACUGUAGUAGAAAAAUUGCAGUUAUGCCUUCCAGUGCUGGAAAUGUAUAGUAAACUAAAAGAACAGAUGAGUGCAAAAAGGUAUUACUCUGCCCUAAAAACUAUGGAACAAUUAGAGAACGUGUACUUUCCCCGGGUUAAUCAAUACCGGUUUUGUCAGCUAAUGAUAGAAAAUCUUCCUACACUCCGUGAGGAUAUUAAAGAAAUUUCCAUGUCUGAUCUCAAAGACUUUUUGGAAAGCAUUCGAAAACAUUCUGACAAAAUAGGUGAAACAGCAAUGAAACAGGCACAACAGCAAAAAGCCUUCAGUAUUGCUCUGCAGAAGCAAAAUAAUGUGAAAUUUGGGAAGAAUAUGUAUAUAAAUCAUGAUAGAAUUAUAGAAGAAAAGCGUGAAAUUGUAUUGAGACAUAUACUUGAGGAAGAGGAUGAGAAUGAAGAGGAGGUCUUAACUGUUCAGGACCUUGUUGAUUUUUCCCCUGUUUACCGAUGUUUACACAUUUAUUCUGUUUUGGGUGAUGAAGAAACAUUUGAAAAUUACUACCGAAAACAAAGAAAGAAACAAGCAAGACUGGUAUUACAACCCCAAUCAAGUAUGCAUGAAACAGUUGAUGGCUAUAGAAGAUAUUUCACUCAAAUUGUAGGGUUCUUUGUUGUGGAAGAUCAUAUUUUACAUGUGACUCAAGGAUUAGUAACCAGGGCAUACACUGAUGAACUUUGGAACAUGGCCCUCUCAAAGAUAAUUGCUGUCCUUAGAGCUCAUUCAUCUUAUUGCACUGAUCCUGAUCUUGUUCUGGAGCUGAAGAAUCUCAUUGUAAUUUUUGCAGAUACUUUGCAGGGUUAUGGUUUUCCAGUGAACCGACUUUUUGACCUUUUAUUUGAAAUAAGAGAUCAAUACAAUGAAACACUGCUUAAGAAAUGGGCUGGAGUUUUCAGGGAUAUUUUUGAAGAAGAUAAUUAUAGCCCCAUCCCUAUUGUCAGUGAAGAAGAAUAUAAAAUAGUCACCAGCAAGUUUCCCUUUCAAGAUUCAGACCUUGAGAAGCAAUCUUUCCCAAAAAAAUUCCCCAUGUCUCAGUCAGUGCCUCAUAUAUACAUUCAAGUUAAAGAAUUUAUUUAUGCCAGCCUUAAAUUUUCAGAAUCGCUGCACCGGAGUUCAACAGAAAUAGAUGAUAUGCUUAGAAAAUCAACAAAUCUGCUGCUGACCAGAACUUUGAGUAGCUGUUUACUGAACCUUAUUAGAAAGCCUCAUAUAGGUUUGACAGAGCUAGUGCAAAUCAUCAUAAACACAACACACCUGGAACAAGCUUGUAAAUACCUUGAGGACUUUAUAACUAACAUUACAAAUAUUUCUCAAGAAACUGUUCAUACCACAAGACUUUAUGGACUUUCUACUUUUAAGGAUGCUCGACAUGCUGCAGAAGGAGAAAUAUAUACCAAACUCAAUCAAAAAAUUGAUGAAUUUGUUCAGCUUGCUGAUUAUGACUGGACAAUGUCUGAACCAGAUGGAAGAGCUAGUGGUUAUUUAAUGGAUCUUAUUAAUUUUUUGAGAAGUAUCUUUCAAGUGUUUACUCAUCUGCCUACCAACAAUGAUUAUGCAGCCAUGUCGGGGAAAGUCGCCCAGACAGCUUGCAUGUCAGCCUGCCAGCAUCUGUCAACAUCCUUGAUGCAGAUGCUGCUGGAUAGUGAGUUAAAACAGAUAAGCAUGGGAGCUGUUCAGCAAUUUAACUUAGAUGUCAUACAGUGUGAAUUGUUUGCCAGCUCUGAGCCUGUGCCAGGAUUCCAGGGGGAUACCUUACAACUAGCAUUUAUUGACCUCAGACAACUCCUUGACCUGUUUAUGGUUUGGGAUUGGUCUACUUACCUAGCUGAUUAUGGACAGCCGGCUUCAAAGUACCUUCGGGUGAAUCCAAACACAGCCCUUACUCUUUUGGAGAAGAUGAAGGAUACUAGCAAAAAGAACAAUAUAUUUGCCCAAUUCAGGAAGAAUGAUCGUGACAAACAGAAGUUGAUAGAGACAGUCGUGAAACAGCUAAGAAAUUUGGUGAAUGGUAUGUCCCAGCACACAUAGAUUUCACAUUGUUUAUACUCAGUGACACUAAUCUGUGACUGAGCAUUGAUCUCUAACAAGCACAGGUCGUGAUGUAAUAAUUUGUUUACAAAAUUCAAAAAUACAAUAGAGAAAAUACACUGAUGAGGGCUUAAAUAAGAAAUAGUAAUAACAUUUGUAUGGAUUUUUAAAAAUUGAAUACUAUUUUAUAUAUGAAAAAUGUGAAACUAAUUUUUUCAAUUUUAAGGGGAAAAGGUAAAACUAUAAUAUAUAAAUUGUCAAAAAUUGUAUAUAAAACUGAUUGCAAAUACAUUAGAAAAGCAUAUGCCUCUACUUAAAAGUAUUUUUUCUCCCCUUAUUUAAACUUGCGACCUGUUUUUUUCUUCAGUUUAUGGUUUUGGAAUGCAAUCAUGUCUAAUGUGGGAAUAUUUCACUGUCAUUUUAUGACAGUCUUAUUUUCAUCUUGAUGUGCUUUAAGUAGACUAAGCUUUUAAUUCUGCUGAUUCUGAGGGGAAAAUACACAUAUCUUUAAAGCGUCCUGAAAUCAAACUUAAUAAAGAGUGUAAAUUAUGUUCUACUUGGGUGCUUUAAUUGAAUCCUUUUGAAUAUGAAGAAAAGAUUUUGGAUUUUCUAAAGAUUUAGUGUUGUUUUUGUUCAUCAGAGUUAAUAUUUCUAUUUGCUUGUAGUUGAUAUCAUUCUAGAUUUGGUUUGGUUUGGUUUAAAUUAAAAGAUAGAACAGUUAACUGGGGCUAACCACUUCAGGUGCAGCUUGAACUAGGGUAGAUAUGUUCUUCCUACACAUAGAAAUGACCACAGGGGUCAGAUUACUUUCUUUAAAUAGCAGAUCUCAGUACUGUAUCCUCACUGUGGAAGCAGACCAAAUCAACUAAACUCUAAAAAACAUAAAACAACUGUACAUUUUCCUUUGUAUAAAGUCACUGAUAUCCAAAUAGUAAUGUAAAUCCAAUCCUUAUUUUUCUCUUGGUUGUAUUUAUGCUGAAUACUCUCUUUGCAUUUUUGGUAUUUAUACCUGUUAGAAACUAUCCCUGACUGUAAAAUAAGUGUCAAGAACUAUAUUUACAUCUUGAUUUUGUGGUGAAGUAUUAAAAAGGUUGAACAAAUCAUUGAAAA